AUAGAAUUCGAGCACAGGCGGUGGUUUCCUGCUGGGACCCCCUUGAAUUAGCCAAUGAGAAGCGCACGGGUCCUGGUCGCCCGGGAAACCGCGUGACAACAAGAUGGCGGCGCCGCGGGACGGCUCCGUGGCGUGCGUGGGAGUCCCUGACAGCUAGAGUCUAGAAGUAGAACUAUGAGCUCCCCUUUGGCCUCCCUUGGCAAGACCCGAAGAGUCCCCCUGCAGUCAGAGCCUGUGAAUCCAGGCAGGCGAGGGAUAAAAAUUUACGGAGAUGAAGACGAGGCAGAUGUGCUGAAUAAUGGACUUGGCUCAGAAGAGAGGCUCUCUGUCCCUUCCUGCUAUGGCGCUGUAGGUGCCCCUGUGAGGAGACAAGACCCCGUGUUCCAUGACUCGGAGCUGGUGGCCACCUUGACCAGGAAGAUGCGGGAUCUGGAGCAGCAAGUGAGGUCUCAGGCUGAUGAGCUGCUGUCCAAGGAUCGGAAGAUACGGGCCCUGGAGGAAAUGGUGCAGACGCUCCAGGAGCACCAGGGGCCGGUGACGGAGCCCCGGGAGCUGGAGACCACAUGCUUGCGGCUCCAGCGGCAGGUCGGCGAGAUGGAGCGGUUCCUUGGUGACUAUGGCCUGCAGUGGGUGGGCGAGCCCGUGGACCAGGAGGACUCAGACGACCAGUCAGACUCAGAGGAUGGCAAGAGGGACUGGAUGACAGCCAAGAAGUUCUGGAAACCAGGGGACUCACUGGCGCCCCCCCAGGUGGACUUUGACAGGCUGCUGGCCGGCCUGAAGGAUCUCAGUGAGCUGGUGGUAGACGGUGACACCCAGGUGACACGAAUGCCCAGUGGAGCGCGGCUCCGCGCCCUUGAGCCCAUCCCACUGAAGCUCUAUCGGAAUGGCCUCGUGAUGUUCGAUGGGCCCUUCCGGCCCUUCCAUGACCCCUCCACGCAGCGCUGCCUCCGAGACAUUCUGGAUGGCUUCUUCCCCUCAGAGCUCCAGCGGCUGUACCCCGACGGGGUCCCCUUUAAGGUGAGUGAUUUGCGCAAUCAGGUCUACCCAGAGAACGGGCUGGACCCGUUCCCAGGUGAGGGCCGCGUGGUGGGCCAACAGAGGAUUCACAAGCUGCUGGACAGGAUGGAGCGCCCAGGCUCCAGGAUGACUGCUGAGAAGUUUCUGAACAGGCUUCCCAAGUUUGUGAUCCGGAAAGGCGAGGUGAUUGAUAUCCGGGGACCCAUCCGGGAUACCUUGCAGAACUGCUGCCCAUUGCCUGCCCGGAUCCAGGAGAUCGUGGUGGAGACACCAGCCUUGGCUGCUGAGAGGGAGAGGAGCCAAGAGUCACCCGAGUCAACGGCGCCCCUGCUCUCCAUGCUACGCAUCAAGUCUGAGAAUGGUGAGCAGGCUUUCCUGCUGAUGAUGCGGCCUGAGGACACCGUUGGUGAUGUUCGCACCCUGCUCGCACAGGCCAGGGCUGUGGACGCCACCACCUUCGAGAUCAUCAGCACAUUUCCACCCACGGUCUACCACGACGACACGGUCACACUGCAGGCCGCGGGCCUGGUGCCCAAUGCAGCGCUGCUGCUUCGGGCGAGUCGGGCCCCACCGCCUGCUCCAGGACCCGGCCCCUACUCCAAAUAAAGCGCCCGCUCCCACACAGGCUGCUCCGCGAGGCUCUCUUGGCGGGGCGGCCCAGCUGGACGCCAGGGAAGGCCGGGGGCCCAGCUGGGCCAGGGAGGGGGCGGUGCCGACCCGCCCCCUCUGUAACUCGAGCCCCAGCUGGCGGCCCUGGCUGCUGGGUCUUUGUCCUUUAGGUUCCUCUUUCUCCCCACAAGGGCUGAACAGAUCCAGUGGAGGGAAGGCGGGCUCCAGCCCAGCCUCAGCUGGUGUGGAAGAACCUCCCGUGCAAGUGUGCCCCUGAUAGGCACAGAACCACAGCACAUGGGGACACUUCCUCAACUUUCUGCACAAAGCCACUGUCCCCAAACUGGCAGGACUGCAGCUGUGAACCCACUGCCAUGACACACACUUUGAGCCAGUCUGCUGAAACACGGGCAGGCGGCCACAUGGCCUGGACACAUUACUGACUGGCAUACAGAUGUGCCAGACUCACCAAGCCGGGCGUGUCAGGACACCAUCACAUGCGUGUGCAUCAGGAGGUGACCCACCCACACUGUUUCCAAAAACGCAGGUCCG